AGAGGAGGAGUUAAGUGCAAGUCAAAUGCCUUGUCAGUGGCCAUUCCAGUCCUCUCUCCCUCUCACUUCCCACCAGUACGAGGACUUGGAGGUAUCUGUUGUUUGACAUCCCUGUUCGGCCUUCUAGACAUUUGAACCUCUAAAGGUCUUGGCUGUGAUCUAAAAUUGCAGUCAUGGCACCAAAAAAGAAGAGCGUCAAGAAGAAUAAAGCGGACAUCAAUGAGAUGACAAUCAUUGUUGAGGACGGUCCUUUGAGCAAACUAAAUGGGCUUAACACACUCUUAGAUGGGGGAAAUGGCUUCAGCUGCAUCUCCACAGAAGUUAGCGACACAUCCUAUGGGCCAAACUUCAUGGAUGGCCUCAGCAAAAUGAGGCAAGAAGGCUUCCUGUGCGACUUAACAGUCGCCACCAAAACAAAAUCUUUUAGCGUUCACAAAGUGGUGAUGGCUUCCUGCAGUGAGUAUGUUCAUAAUGUGCUAAAGAAGGAUCCCUCCAGUCAGAAACUGGACCUCAAUGAUGUCUCCCCUGUUGGUCUGGCUACAGUUAUUACGUACGCCUACUCUGGCAAGCUUACCUUGUCACUGUACACCAUCGGCAGUAUCAUUUCAACUGCUAUCUUUCUUCAAAUCCAUAGCUUGGUAAAAAUGUGCUGUGAUUUUUUGAUACAGGAAAUCAGUGUGGAGAAUUGCAUGUACGUGGCAAACAUUGCAGAUACCUAUGGACUUAAAAACACCAAAGAGGCAGCCCAGAAGUUCAUCAGGGACAAUUUUAUCGAGUUUUCCGAAACUGAGCAGUUCUUGAAACUCACCUAUGAGCAGAUCAAUGAUUUCCUCCAAGACGACGCUCUACACUUGCCUUCAGAAAUCACAGCAUUCCAAAUAGCAAUGAAAUGGCUGGAUUUUGACGCAAAAAGGGAGAAGUACGCGGCUGACCUGCUGGCCAAUAUUCGCUUUGGCACAAUCUCUGCGCAAGAUUUGGUCAGCUUUGUCCAGAGCGCUCCGAGAAUGAUGCAGAACACGGAAUGCCACAGACUUCUUGUUGAUGCCAUGAAUUACCACCUGCUUCCAUAUCAGCAGAACUCCUUGCAGUCCAGAAGAACAAAAGUACGAGGUGCCCUCCAAGUCUUGGUCACCGUCGGUGGCCGUCCAGCAUUGACAGAAAAGUCACUCAGUAGAGAUGUUGUGUUCAGGGACCCAGAGAACAACUGGAGCAGACUGACUGAACUACCCGCCAAGAGUUUUAAUCAGUGCGUUGCCGUCAUGGAUGGAUUCCUUUACGUGGCAGGAGGUGAAGACCAGAACGAUGCCAGGAACCAGGCCAAGCAUGCCGUUGGUAAUUUCUGCAGAUAUGACCCACGUUUCAACACUUGGAUCCAUCUGGCAAACAUGAUCCAGAAGCGCACUCACUUCAGUCUCAGUGCUUUCACUGGCCUGCUUUUUGCAAUAGGAGGUCGUAAUUCAGAUGGCUGCCAGGCUUCUGUUGAAUGCUACGUCCCCUCAUCCAACCAGUGGCAGAUGAAGGCAUCUCUUGAAGUGCCCAGGUGUUGCCAUGCCAGUGCUGUCAUCGAUGGUAAGAUCUUGGUCACUGGAGGCUACAUCAACAACGCAUACUCCCGCUCUGUCUGCUGCUAUGACCCUUCAAGUGAUUCUUGGCAAGAUAAAGCCAGCCUGAGCACCCCGAGAGGAUGGCACUGCGCCGUUAGUCUAGGUGACCGGGUUUACAUCAUGGGGGGCAGCCAGCUUGGGGGCCGUGGAGAAAGGGUUGAUGUUCUGCCCGUUGAGUGCUACAAUCCCCACACCGGCCAGUGGAGCUACUCGGCGCCUUUGCUAAUAGGAGUGAGCACGGCAGGAGCCGCCGUCCUCCACAGCAAGAUCUACCUGCUAGGCGGCUGGAACGAAAUUGAAAAGAAAUACAAGAAGUGCAUCCAGUGUUACAACCCCACUAUCAAUGAAUGGACAUUGGAAGACGAAUUAUCAGAGGCGACCGUCGGGAUCUCGUGCUGCGUAAUCACAAUGCCGAAUCGCAAGACUCGGGAAUCCAGAGCAAGCUCGGUGUCCUCUGUCCCUGUCAGUAUGUAACUGUGCAGCACGGGUGAAUUUUGUAGUAAGCCAGCGUGUGAAUGUUCAGUCAGACAAAACUGACUCCACUGAUGCCAUCCAAUCAUUGUAAUAUUGUCACAAAAAAAAAAUAAGCAAAAUGGAGUCCUCAUCAGGGAAUGUGGAAUGAAAAUGGACAGAUUGAAAUUUAGCCUAAAAGAAUGCGUUUGGCGUUUUCCAUUUAUACGCAGAAUUUAAGUAAGUUAUUAAACAUUCUCGAUUUCUUAAAAUGUAAACAAGACAUAA